GUCCUUCUUACUUUUUCGGUAAUUAGGUCAGAGUUUAAGAACGUCACAAGGCUGUUAGAGCUUUGUCCGUUCUCUGGUUUCUUUUGCGAAACCAAAGUGGAAAGUUCGAGAAAUUCGUUACGCUGUGCCGACGUCAGAGGAGAGGAGGAACCGGAAACAUCAUGGUGGCUACAAAGAGACCCCGUGAGAUCGACUUCGACAAACCGAGCCACACCGAACAAUUGGCCAAUUGGAUCAGCAGAGUUCGUUGCAAGAAGCUGUUGUGUCGUCGAAAUCGAAAACGUGAUCUACGCGUCGAGGCGGUGCUCACUUGCGCUCUCUCCAAGGCCGAACACGAACUGCGCAGCAAGCAGUUGUCCAGAAUCUCAAAAUGGCAGCAGUUCAAGAAACAGUUCCUUUAUAACGGCGAAGACCCGAACGAUCCGAAACCUUACGAAGAGGUUAAUCCUUGGCAAGGUCCUCUGUGCCCCGAAUUGAGCAGCUUGGAUUCUUUCAUGUCUAAAUUGAGCGAAAUCAAAGUCCCGUUGCAGCGAUGAAGAGAAGAGACGGAAUUGGACGCCCUGGCCUGAAAAACCUAGGAUAGCGUUCUCUCUGCUCUACAUAACUCGAAGAUGACGACAUCGUAUCGAUGGAAAAUAACGCAGCGGUUACGAUUAAACACAUCUCGAAACCAAUGUUAGGCACCGCGUU